GUCAGGUUAAUGUGUCCCCCUCCCAGGUCAGUCGAAGUAAACUGCAGAUUAUUGUAAUUGCAGUUUUUGGUUGGCAUUUUGAGAUUAAUUACAAAUAUUUUUUCGUUUUAUUCGACAUGUCAACGAGGAAAUAUAUAUAUACAGCGCAGUUGAGCGCCUAAAUUGUCAGCUCUACUAAGUGUACAAUAGCAAAAUCCUGUGAUGAAGAAAUGGAUGAUGACGCCCCUGACAAUGCGUUUGCUGAGCUCAAGACAAGAGACCUCCGAUUUUGGGAUGUUGCUCAGAUCGCUGCCGGAACUGGUCUCGCUGUUUACGCCAUGUGGGUGGCAGUCCUCCAGCCAGGCUUCCGAAAAGUCCCAUUCAGGUUACAGGUACCAUACAUACCAGCCAGCGGAGCCCAAGUGCGCAAUGUCAUGACAUUGCUAAGAGGUCGGAAAGGGGUCCUUGUGGAUUUAGGAUCUGGAGACGGGCGCAUUGUCCUGGAGGCAUACCGACAAGGCUUCACUUCUGCUGUUGGCUAUGAGCUUAACCCUUGGCUGGUUGGCUUGGCUCGCUUCCAUGCGUGGAGAGCAGGUCAUCAUGGCAGUGUGUCCUACCGGAGAGAAGAUUUAUGGAAGGUGGAUUUGACAGAAUGCAAGAACAUUACUGUGUUUUUAGCGCCUAGUGUGCUUUCGCUGCUGCAGAAGAAGAUGGAGGCCGAGCUUCCUGAUGACGCCUUGGUGGUAGCCGGCCGAUUCCCCAUCCCUGACUGGACCCCUUGCAGAACCGAGGGAGAUGGCGUGGACAGGGCCUGGGCGUACGACAUGCGAGCACAAAGAAGACUCGCUCCAAAUAAAAAUGAGAAGUCCGCCAAUGGGUAACCUUCACAAUGUAUUGUAUUAAACUGCUUAAUUGAUCACAGUGGGUUGCCCUCCAGAAGGACACACAUAACUAUACUGAAUGUUGUAAAUGUUAGUAUUUUAAGGAUGUUUAACUGUAGUUAGGUCACGCUGUCCAAACUAUAUCAUCAUGUCAUUGUGCUGUUAUGUCCAAUGUAAGGACAAAUGUUCUGUUCUCAUUAAACCUUUUUGAGACA